AUGGAUCCGUCAACUUUCGAUGUGGGAGUGGCACAUGCAACUCCACGAGAUACAACGUCAUCGCCAGCCCCGCCAAACAAGUAUGGCACCCCUACAAAUCUACCAACACCUCCGCAGACCCCUUCGGUCGCGCAAGCCGGCGCUAAUGGAGCCUGCGACGAUUAUAAACUCCCCGUUACCAUGGAGGGACCAAAAAGCCAAGGCCAGAGUCAAUCCAAUGCAUCCCUAGACUCGGCAACUUCAGUGCGGUCCAAGAAACAAUACAUGGACUCCCUCGUGGCCCCUUCGAGCGAAGAGAUGUCGCGCAUCUCACAGGUGCAGCUUACUCGAGAGCAGGAAGAGAAGCGCAAAUCACGCGACAGAGAAAAAGAACAGCGCAGGUCCAUGGAGGCGCCUCAAGCCAGCCCGGGCCUGGACGUCAAGACCAGACCUCAUCGCAGUAGUCUCUUCAGCCGGCACAAGGAGAAUUCGCCGUCUCACAACACCAGUGUCCUGGCCGCUGCCGUUGCAAGCGCCACGGCUGCAGGGACGGGACAUGACAGCGACGACAUCUUGCGCCAUCGGGCAGCCACAAUGAUACAGCGGACAUACCGGGGCUAUAAAACCCGUAGAGAGAUGCAGGGCCUGGGCCUAAACGCUGAUACGAGAUGGACGCAUGCGAUAAAGGAACUACAGUUCAGAGCGGUUACAACACCACGUUCGAGAGAGGACGCUACCGCGACGAUUACUGGGAAUGACGAAAGUGAGGGCAAGGAGGAUGGGAAUGCGGAUGCCGCGAAAAGGUCGAAGUCAGCUCGAUACAACUGGCACAAAAUCGCAACGAUUGCGAGGAGAGCCGGCGGCGAUAUGGACGACGAAUCUAGUAGCUCGAGUGAUUCAGACUCAGAAUCGGGAUCGGGACCAUCGACCCCUGAGAAAAGGAGGGAGGCGCGUCAGAAACGAGAGGAAGCCAAAGCUAGGAGGCGCAAAGACGCCAUGAUGAUGGGAUUGCAAUACUUCCUCGAAAUGGUUGAUCUCAAGCACCGCUAUGGAUCAAACCUGAGGCAGUACCACGAAGAGUGGAAAAAGGCAGAUACUCACGAGAACUUUUUCUACUGGCUUGAUCACGGGGAGGGGCGCCACUUUGAACUAAGUACAUGCCCGCGCGACAGACUUGAGAGGGAACAGGUACGCUAUCUCUCGCGCGAAGAACGCCAGUACUAUCUUGUGAAUGUCGAUUCAGAGGGUAGGCUGUGUUGGGCAAAGAACGGUGCGCGGAUCAACACCACGGAGGACUGGAGGGACAGCAUUCAAGGCAUCGUCCCAAUUGGAGAUACGGAGACGCCUGCCUUCCAGCCAAAGACCACAUACCCAAAUCAGCCAAGAUUAUUCCCCAGCGACCCCAGCUCCAGAGCAAGCAGCAUCAGCGACGCUUCCGAAUCCGAGCGCGAGGCUGCUCGCGCGGCAAAGUACGCGUCGCCGGGCGUAACCGACGCGAAGGGAGUCAAGAAGGUUACACACAUCUCCGCCUCCACCAUCUUCAACACGCUCCUGCGAAAAUCUGUCCGCAAGAACACGUGGAUCUUCGUCGCCGACACGAGCUUCCGGCUGUACGUGGGCAUCAAGGACAGCGGGGCCUUCCAGCACUCGUCCUUUGUGCAAGGGUCCCGUAUCUCGGCCGCGGGGCUCAUCAAGAUCAAAAACGGGAGACUGACAAGCCUGAGCCCGCUCUCGGGCCACUACAGGCCGCCGGCGUCCAACUUCCGGGCCUUUGUCCGCAACCUCAAGGAGGACGGCGUGGACACGUCGCACGUCUCGAUCUCCAAGUCGUAUGCCGUCUUGGUGGGGCUUGAGAUGUACACCAAGACGCGGCAAAAGGGGAAGAAGCUCAUUCAGAGGACGGCGCACAAGAAAGACAAGGUGAUCCACCCGGAGGAGGUGCAGAAGCGCGAGGAGGAGGCGCGCGACAAGUCGCAGAGCGCGGAAACGGAGAGGCAGUUCCUCGAGAAACAAGCGAAGAAGCAGCAGGAGGAGGAAGAGAAGCAAAGGGAGGAGAACAAAGCUACCGUGAAGGUGAUGCAGAAGCUGAAGCUCACUCCGACGGUGCCAGAUAGCCAGAAGGGCGAGGCCCAGGGGGGGAUAAAAGAGAAGGACAAUUCGAAAGAAGGCGGCGGUAGCCCUGCGCUAGGGGGUGCCGAUGAGAGCAAGACGAGCGAUGCCAAGUGA